CCUUUCGGAUGAAGAAGAUGCCUGGUGUCUCGUUGACUUCAUCUCUCACCGGUCAGCGGCAGGGUGGUCUACCUCAGAGCUUCCAAAGAAUAUUUCCCUCAUGUACUUCAAAGUCAAUAACUACAGCUGAACUGCCGUGGACUUACUGUACAUGUUUAUCCCAGAAGAUGGCGUGAAGAUGACUUAAAAAAGAUAUAUUUUUUCCCGGGCUAUUCUUCGCAAGUCUUUAAAAUGUUUCUCUUUUUGAUAGGCUAGUUCAUCAGUGUCACUACUGACUUACGGCAUUAUUUGAAUGCACCUUGGUGGACUAUUGCGUAUGAAUCACGGGCAAGAGGACACCACUACUGAACACAAAGCUUAUGAAGUGACAGGCUAAUGAAUGCAUUUCACUCAAUGGAUUUUUAUAUUUAGCUUUCUGUGACGCUCUAUCAGCCAACUGCAAGCAGAGUCGAGAAGAACAAGCAGGACCGAAGGCGCUGUGUUGCCUGUCAUUUUGGUGUUCUCAAAGAGGAAAUCGGAGACAUUUUAAGUCAAGAAGGAAAAACUUGGAUCAUUUUGUGAGAACUCGCAUACAUGUAAUGUGGUGAGGGCGUUGUGGAAUAACGCAAAUAGGCCUAUACAAACUGGUCGGAAAAUGAUGGCCGGUGGAGCAGUUGAACAAAACGGGAUAUUCUUGAAUCCUCUUCAUCACAAUCAACAGCCCCACAUGGAGUCAGAUCCCCCCGACUCUCGUAAACGACCACUAACUCCGACGGAGGAGGACUGUUGUACCAAGCGCACAAACACGGGAGAAGAGGGUGAGUACUUCCUGAAGGUGCUGAUCCCCAGCUAUGCGGCCGGCUCUAUAAUUGGCAAGGGCGGCCAGACCAUCGUACAGCUGCAGAAAGAGACGGGCGCCACCAUCAAGCUGUCCAAAUCCAAAGACUUCUACCCAGGAACCACAGAGCGGGUGUGUCUGAUACAGGGUACGGUCGAGGCGCUAAAUGGCGUCCACAGCUUCAUCGCGGAGAAAGUCCGCGAGAUGCCCCAGAGCGCCCAGAAAACAGAGCCAGUCAGCAUACUGCAACCACAGACCACUGUCAACCCCGAUCGCGUCAAACAGGCUAAGUUAAUAGUGCCCAACAGCACGGCUGGGCUGAUCAUCGGUAAGGGCGGGGCCACAGUCAAGGCGGUGAUGGAGCAGUCGGGUGCCUGGGUGCAGCUGUCCCAGAAGCCCGAAGGCAUCAACCUGCAGGAGCGCGUGGUCACGAUCAGCGGGGAGCCCGAGCAGAACCGCAAAGCCGUGGAGAUCAUUGUGCAGAAGAUCCAGGAGGACCCUCAGAGCAGCAGCUGCCUCAACAUCAGCUACUCCAACAUUUCAGGCCCCGUGGCCAACUCCAACCCCACCGGUUCCCCCUACGCCAACUCGGCUGAGGUCCUUCCCAACGCCGCUGCGGCUGCCGCCACUGCCUCCAGCCUUCUAGGCCAGGCCGGCCUGGCAGGAAUGGGCGGCUUCCCGGGAACCAUGUCCAGCUUCUCUGGCAAUGACCUGCUGGCCAUCACCUCGGCCCUCAACACACUGGCCAGCUAUGGCUACAACACCAACACCCUGGGCCUGGGCCUCAACCCCGCCGCUGCCUCCGGGGUCCUGGCCGCCGUGGCUGCUAGUGCUAACCCAGCUGCUGCUGCCGCCGCUAACCUCCUGGCCUCCUAUGCCAGCGAUGCCUCCGGCUCCGGCCAUCCUGCUGUUGGCCUGGGGGGCUUCUCCCUGGGCUCGCUGGCUGCCGCCACGGGGGCCUCCAACGGCUACCUGAAUGCCUCGUCCCCACUGAUGGCUUCCUCCCUGCUGGCCGCAGAGAAGCUGGGAGACGGGGCCAAGGACGUGGUGGAGAUUGCUGUGCCCGAGAAUCUGGUGGGCGCCAUCCUGGGGAAAGGCGGGAAAACGCUGGUUGAGUACCAGGAGCUGACGGGCGCCCGCAUCCAGAUCUCCAAAAAGGGAGAGUUCAUACCCGGCACGCGGAACCGUAAAGUUACCAUAACAGGGUCACCCGCGGCAACGCAAGCCGCCCAGUAUCUGAUCAGCCAGAGGAUCACGUAUGAGCAGGGUGUGCGUGCCACCAACCCACAGAAGGUGGGCUAAAUGGGAAAAAAGGAUGUAAUAAAGGAAGGAUGGAGACAGAGAAAAGAAAGGGAAUCAAGGGUCACGGAGAGGGGAAAAAACGUCCAAAUAUCCAUUCAAUAUUUCAGUAUUAAAAAGAGAAGGUGACAAAGAAGGAGGUGAGGCAGAGAGAAAACCAGGAUACGUGUGUGUGAUAUGUGAUUGUGUUUUUAGGACUGAGGUUGUGAUGUUUUUUAAAAGUGGUGUCGAGUCCUUUUGAUGACGAGUAAAGCUGAACUGGUCCACUGCCAAGCAGCAGAUUCAGGGGUGAGUCCACACGAUUUCACCCCCUUCAAAAACCUCACAGCUGGGUUUGUUUUGGGUUUCGUUCUCUUCAAAAACCUCACAGCUGGGUUUGUUUUGGGUUUCGUUCUCUUCAAAAACCUCACAGCUGGGUUUGUUUUGGGUUUCGUUCUCUUCAAAAACCUCACAGCUGGGUUUGUUUUGGGUUUCGUUCUCUUCAAAAACCUCACAGCUGGGUUUGUUUUGGGUUUCGUUCCCUUCAAAAACCUCACAGCUGGGUUUGUUUUGGGUUUCGUUCUCUUCAAAAACCUCACAGCUGGGUUUGUUUUGGGUUUCGUUCUCUUCAAAAACCUCACAGCUGGGUUUGUUUUGGGUUUCGUUCUCUUCAAAAACCUCACAGCUGGGUUUGUUUUGGGUUUCGUUCUCUUCAAAAACCUCACAGCUGGGUUUGUUUUGGGUUUCGUUCCCUUCAAAAACCUCACAGCUGGGUUUGUUUUGGGUUUCGUUCUCUUCAAAAACCUCACAGCUGGGUUUGUUUUGGGUUUCGUUCUCUUCAAAAACCUCACAGCUGGGUUUGUUUUGGGUUUCGUUCCUUCAAAAACCUCACAGCUGGGUUUGUUUUGGGUUUCGUUCUCUUCAAAAACCUCACAGCUGGGUUUGUUUUGGGUUUCGUUCCCUUCAAAAACCUCACAGCUGGGUUUGUUUUGGGUUUCGUUCCCUUCAAAAACCUCACAGCUGGGUUUGUUUUGGGUUUCGUUCCCUUCAAAAACCUCACAGCUGGGUUUGUUUUGGGUUUCGUUCCCUUCAAAAACCUCACAGCUGGGUUUGUUUUGGGUUUCGUUCUCUUCCGUUUUUAUUUUCUUUGGCUGUGUUGAUUUUUCAGCUUCAGUUGUAGAUCUCCGCUCCCGGUGAGUUGAGGUUCCGGACAGGCUUAAAGAGCAGAAAUAGCGUUUUGCUCAUGCCUUUUUGCUUUGAUGUUAACCUCGCUCCAUGUGAACAAAGCAAAAGGCCUUGUUUACAUGAGAGAGGUAAAAUUACGAGCACCAGAGGUCAUCCAAGACCACUAAAUUCUUAAUAGAUAUCAGAAUAUUAAUGACAUGACACUGUAUGGUUCAAAUCAAAAUUGAGGUUUUAACAAUUCGGUUGUUAUCCUUUUUAUUUUCCUCAAUUAUUUAUUGAAAUAUGGUCUCAUUCAAACACAUAUAGAUGAUUUAAACCUGUGAAUUCGGGUUGAUAUGAAUGUAAAGACAUUAUUAUUGUUAUUUUGUUAUUAACGAGGAUCAAAUGUUGAGUUGCAGUGACAGAUAUGUAUAGUUUUAACCCAGAACUGCACAGUAACUAGUGUAGAUCAGGGGUCAAAUGUUCAAUGUGAGAGGAUAGAGGAGACACGCAGGAAUGUACACAUUCACAGGAACAGACACACAUUCAUACAUGUUUACCGCCACCCACACACACACCACUUUUGGUGCUACGAAAACAUAACUACAGAUAGCUAGGCCUAUAUUACCUGUAUCACCGAAAUUGAAAAUCCCUUUGGAGAUUGCUCUCCCUCUCCUUGAUUGUAAGAUGCCAAGCAUUGUUCACUUAUCUGUAAUUUACGGGAUCUAGUUCUGCCUUUAUGUAAGCAAAGACUGGAUUUCAUGCUAUGUUGAAGGUCAGUCUUAAUAUUUCACCUCGCUAGUCCUCCUUCAGCUGCCAUGGCAAACUGUAUCUUGUGCCACCGUGGACAGUUUAGGUCCCAAUAACGUAGUUACUGGUUAAAAAUACUUUUUAUCCUAUUGUCAUGAAUUAGCCCUGUACUUUGAGUUUGCCAGCCGAUAUUGCGCCUUGGGACUUGCUCCUAUGUAGAAAUUUGAAUAAGCCCCCAUGGGACAGAGCAUCAUACCCGAGAGGGAAGACAGCACUAUACACAGCUUGAGGUAUCUUACAUUACCUUUUCAAUUGAAGAAUCUAACCUGAAGAGUCCCGAAGAGAACGAAGCACUACAAAGCAGUCUUGUUAAGAAAAGCAGUAUUGAACGUUAUCUGUGAGCGAGGAGACGAUUGCUUUAUAUCAGGAUGGCUGGUAGUCAAGAGAGACACUAAUGAGAAAGAAAUGGACUCACCAUGAAACACAUUUGGAGUUUUCUGUGAACCAUUUUUCUCAACCAGAGUCAAUACCAAUAUGGAGUCAAACAGUUUAUGCAGGCAGUUAGUCCAACCUGUUAUCUUGCCUAAAGCAGACAUUGACCCUAGCUUACAUUGGCAGUAGUGCAUAAAGCGUUGCCCAAACAUUUAUCUGACAUUCUGUAAGGAUAAUUGUUUGGCAAAAACGCAGGGAGGGUAAUUGUCUUCUAGAACAUUCUCAAACACAACGAUUAACUUUGCUUGCUUCUGCGCUGCUAUCCAUUGGUUUUCAUCCGAGUACACUGGGUCUCUUAUGACUGCACUGUGAGACACAACAAAGACACAACGCAAAGUGUGUCUGUCCCUUCUUGAGCCAAGUGAUCAUAUUUUGAAGAACAUAUCCAGGAUAUAGGCCUACAGCUGGUGCGUGUUCUAGAGCAGGGAUGGGCCACUCCAGUCCUCGGGGGACAGAGUGGUGUCACACUCCCCCCAUCAUCCCUAGCAAACACAGUUGAUUUAAACUAAUUACGUUGUAAACUGAAGAUUAUGAUUAGUUGAUUAUUGGAGUCAGGUGUGUUAGCUGGGACUGGGACAAAAGUGUGACACCAAUCAGGCCCCAGAGGACUGGAGUGGCCCAUCCCAGUUCUAGAGCAAAAACAGCUGAGCAGCGAGAUAAGGAACAUCUCCACAUAAACAUCCAUAAUGUGAUGUCUUGGAGAUAUUUUGGUUUACCAAUAAUAUUGCACAACAGAAAGCUGCUAAUGGAUGUUUUUUCUACUGAUCAGUCCAGAGUCAUCAGUCAACCAUAUAUUUUAUUAAGGUCCGUGCUAUCCGGGAUCCUUGGCAUGUCCCUACUCCAUUGAAGUUGAAAUGCAAAAUGGUUAAGGUAAGUGUAGGGGUUAGGGUAGGGACAUCCCAAGGAUCCCGGAUAGCAUUGACCCUUUUAUUAACCCAAAUGACUCCUAUGACAUUUAUUUUCCUGCACAGCAGUCCCUGAAUCCUAUUCUGACCCUCUUUUCCAUUUCACAAAUGUAUCCAUAGACUUAUGUAACCAGAGCUCUGGGAUCGGCUUCCAAUAAUACAGGACCGGGAACGAUAGUGUCAGAGAAAGAAACAGCAGCACUCCCUUUUCAGUGAAAUGACAAGGCUCCUUCUUGAGAAAGAAUUGACCUUUACCCCACCUUACUAACAACUCUAUGUUUGAGCGCUCCGCAUGGCAUGGCACCAGCCACGAGCCCCAUUACCUUGACUCACUGAAUACAUGUUUCCCUUUCAUUGUAUUUCUGACGGAAUGUGCUGUGACUUUUAACAGUAGUCAACGGUACACUAGUUACUUGAAAUGAAAUGGCACUCCAGUUAAAAUAUCUGUAACUUCUUUCACCUGUGGGGUUCAAAAACCUUCAUAUUUUAGCCCUAACCUCACAACAUUAUAAUGCUGAUUUAAAAUACAAGCACAAAUCAAGGUGGAUUUAAUAAUAGAAGCAAUGCAACUACGCUUGGUUUAGAGAGAGACUACUCCAGAGCUGUCUGAUCUGUACAUUGUACCAACUCCUCUCUCCAUUCAUUACUUUUCCUCCUCUUUAGACAUUUCCCCACCCUACAUAUGCUCUUUUUGGUCUAUUUUAAAGUCCUCCUAUAUACAGAUUACCUUUUCUCUCUCCUCUGCACUGCUCCCCCCCUCUCUCCUUCUUUCUGUCUUGUCUACUCAUAGGCACUGACGUCUGGGAGUUGCAGGGAGUGCCGAAGUGAUUGAUAGGAGUUAUGCACUAUAGGUCAUAAGGGUAUGCAAAUAUUUUCACAGCCCAUAGAGUUCACCAGUCAAAAAUGCACAGAUAACACCUGCCUCCAAACUGUGACAACCCACAAGACCAACCAGCAACAUUGGUUCAAACUACGGUAUCAAAUUCCCCACUAAAAGAAGAACUUGUAGGAUUUAGACAGGCUUACACCGUGAUCUAUGACCUUCUAGGGGAAGGGAAAGCAAAAUAGGAAGGCGAAUCUUGGUUGAAUGAGAAAAUGUCUGUUGGUUGACCAAACAGCUUCUAUUUCAGCCUCCUAACAAAAGAGCAGGAGUUUAUUUAAAAAAAGUAAAUGAGAGAGAGCGAGAGAAAGGUGGGAACUCGUUCGUGACCUCAUGCUGAAACAGUGACAUCCUUUAUGCAUAUCCUCUUAUCUGAAAAAUGACUAGAAAUUCAUUUCUGUGGAAUAUGUCAUGUCAACAUGAUCUAUAUGUACUUAAUUGUAGCUAUUCUAGUUUGUAGUCCAAAUGCAGUCCAGCGUCGUCGAUACAAUGUGAAACUCUAUGUUAUCUUUGUGUGGAUGAUGAAGAGUGCCAACUAGCCCUGAUUAAGAUUAGCUUUGCGAUUUGUUUGUGCAUUACGAUGACUCAUCAUCGACAGGUGGCGUCCAUAUUUCUGUUAUUGAAGAUUUAGUUUGACCGUAAGAAAAAUUUAAAGAAUAUUGGAAGCAAUAUAGUAGCAUGUCCUGUUUUGUGUUUUUAUUAUGUCUAUUGUAUGAACCUUUGAAAUUACUAAGAUUUUGAAUGAAUAGGUUUACAUGUACUUUUUGUAAGUUAUGAAAAUGCUGCUAUUUGAUAAGUAAAAUAUAAAAAAUAUUUUAGUUGAAAAUAUGUCUGGUCUGUUGAUAAGAAACAUGCUCUAAAAGACAGGGGCGUAAAACGAGGUGUAUAGAAUACUAUACAGUAUUGGUAAGAUAGUAACAGUAAUAAUUGUACCUGUGCCAAACUAGACCUCUGCAGCUUCUGAAAUUGUAGAUGUGCGAUCAAAUGUUAGAUAUCAAUAACUUGUUUAGAAGUGCUGAUCAAGUGCCAAUAAAACAAUGUUUUUCAGUUAAGAAAUGAUAAUCAUAUACAUUACUUAAGAAAACAAUGGACAAAUAACUAUUUUGUGCAUUGUUUUACCCCAUAGCUACAUAGAGUAAGAGAUAAAGAUUGUGAUUUUUAUGGAUCCAUGUUGUUUUACACUCCAUGCAUCCCCUGUGUGUUCGUUUGACCUGUGGCUUAAGCACUGCUGUUUUUCACAAAUGUCUCUAUAGGCCAGCAUGGACUAAGCAUAACAUGUUAUAAGCAUUCAUAACAUAGUCAUUAACAAUCAGACAAAAUGUGUUUCGUGGAGUUAGGUGUUAUCUUUUUGCACGUCUUCUAUUGCAUGGUAUCAAAGUGAAAAAUUGAGGGAAAAAACUAAAUGAAAAAAAAUUGUGAGGUUUUCUCGCAACAUUCAAAGACAUAAAGUUGCAUGCAGUCAGUUGUAGAACACUUAAGUUAAAAUCACCUCAUAUUUAAAAUGUUGUUUCAUGUCGUAAGUUGGGAGGGAGCCCAUUAUUGUCAUGUUGGCCCAAAUACAACACAUUUCAGAUCAAAUUCUCAUACAGUCCAUCUCUUUAUAUUAUAACAGACCAGGUUUUGUUUUCUUAAGGUACCAUGAGGAGUAUUACAAAUGUGAAACAAGCAAACGCGAAAAUGUUAUUCAGUGUUAUUCUUGAGUUUUGCUUUCUAGAAUACCAGGCAUUUUUUAAAUCAGGUUAAACCUCACAAAACCUGUGUAAUAGUUUUUAAAUAUUUUUUGUACCACAGUUUGAAUGCCCAAAUCUAAUCUAUGAAUGUAAUCCCAUUUGCUCAUUUUUUCAGUUGAAUGUUUAUCAGUCUUUUAAUGUGAAUUCAGGGCUGGAAUUUCAACUACAUGUAGAGUUAACAUAUUAUGUCAAGAACCAAUUUCAGCUAUAGUCAGGUAGGCCAUAGUCAUAACCCAGAUAUGUUUUAACAACACUUCCGAUUCGCUGUCAACAUUGUCCUGUUUGUUUGGUGUUGCAUAAAUGCACUUUACUGAUCAAUGGGUCAUACCUUUUUACAAAAUUCCAUCUCCUGUUAUUGGAUGUGAAACAAAGCAAACCAUGUUAACGUUCAGCCGUUUUUGUCAUUCUUUGCUGUUGCUCUGAUAUUGUUUGUUGAGGGGUUUUUUUCUGAUCUUUUUGGGUCUGUGUGUAUCAGACUUCUCUGAAAAGGUGGCACCCGAGUCCACAUAAUAUGGUUUAUCCAUUUCCUUUUGAAAAUAUUGGUGGAAAUCACAAUGAGCGAAUCUUCUUUAAAAGAGGGAGAGGGAAUUUAGAGUGGAGCUGUUCCAUCUUGUCAUGUUGCAUUCUGCUGCCUUGAAGUCUAGAGGGCGGAAGUAUUUUUAUGAACAAAUUGGCAUUGAAAGCACGGUAAACCUCAUACAAUGUCUCUAUGUGGUGUUAUCAGAGAGUACACGUUUGUUACGUUACAGAAUGCAAUCCCAAGGUCUUGCUGAUAUCAUUUUAGAUGGGAGACAAAUACAGCACCAGCAAAAUUCGAUUGCCUCGGUCAUACCGCUGUCAGUGUUGGUGGAUUGGACAAUUCAACCCGUAAGAACCCUGUGUAACCUAAAAUUACUUUACCACUGCAUGCUAUGACUUUCUGUCGUCUCCUUCUGCCAUGCACUGCUACUAACCCCCAGCACCCUUCUAACCCCUCCACUACUGAGUGCCAAACUAAGUCAACACCAUUCCAAACCUUCAGUUGUUUUAAAUAUGAUGUAGUCUGGACAUGCAUCUGACCCUCCAGGAUCUUCCUAAGGGGGAUUCUAUCGAACUAUCAGACAGGACUAAGCCGGUUAAGGCUGCUUGCCCCCUCUUCUCCUCAACUCUCUCCAUCUUUUCAGCCUACAUGACAUUAUGAUUAUGUGUGCCGUUGUGUCUGGCACCUGUCAUUGUAUUCACCCAUUGAAUGGAAAAUUAUUCUGAGCCCAUUCCUCUGAAUAGUGGGAGAAAGACAGGAUUUUUACCAACCAGCCACGACGCCAUCUCUUAUCUUUGACCCUCCCAUGAACUAAGUUGACCUUAUCCACCCUUUGCGUGCUCAUCUGCGUGUUUGGAUUAUUUUGACCCCAGGUUUAUUGCCAAAAUUUGCUGAGACUACAACUGUAUGAAUUUUCAUUUGGUUUUAAUUGUUUGUUUGUUUUCUUGUCAUCCGGACAAUUCUGCAGGGUUGAAAGCUAACAAAUCUUGUCUGAAAAAAGCAUGACAAUGCCCUGCACACCUCUUCGGCUCCAUUGUAAAUAUUAUUUUGGGUUAGGUUUUUAAUUUUGUAAAACUAUUUUUGUUUUUCCAUCUUAAGAAAUGGACUGUCAGCAUAUGUAAUAUGUUAUCCUAAACUAAAAAGAGUUGGGUCAAUUGGAAUGACUCAAGUGUCUAUAUUGAGACAGAGAAGAUACCAUUUCAAAGUCCAGGCCUCACUUGUCCUUUGACUGAAGCAUUUGCUUCGAUGCCUUUACACAGACACAGUCUCAAUCUUAAAGAUACAGUCUCAAUCUUAAAGAUACAUGGGCAACAUUGUCUUUCCUUGUGCCAUGUCAGUGAAGUACGGGUGAGAGCCUUUUAUUGAGAUAUUUGCCAAUACGAGUGCCAAAUGAAAUCGGCACUGAGCCAAAAGCCAGCCAGCCUACACACUGAAGCUGUGGUAGCAAUGGGAUGUUUCACUUCCCAAUCCCAUAUCCCCCCCAAAACACUUCAUUGUUUGGCAUUUGACUUGAAAUGUCACUAUAUUCUAUGCUGCCAGUCAAUUUCCUGCUUUCCUCAGUGAAACAUCUCAGAAGCAGUUCCUUUUACAACAUUACACUGUUGAUCAAUGACAACAGCAACUAUCAAAAGGGAAUGAAAGUGUAUUUUUAUUAUUAUCAGUAUAUCUGAGCAUCAUCCAUUAAUAGAUUUAAGGGUAAUGACUAUUUAAUGUAACUGUAGUAUUGUGUUUGUAAAAAAAAAAAAUCUGUGAGUUGUGUUUGAUGACUCGUGGACUACCAGUGAAGUCAGCAUUUCAGUGUUAAUAUAUUGAAUUGUUUUUUAAAGAUUAUUUUUGCGACGGCAACAGCAACAAAGAGUCAUUAUAAAUGUUCAUUUUAGCAUCA